AUGGCAAUGAGAAAGGCAGUAUUGUUUCUUGCAAUGAUGGUUGCAAUUUCGGGGGCUUGCAAUGGUGCCUGCAACCUAAACGUGCAGGACCUGAUGACCUGCAAGCCCGCGGUGGCUACAAGCAACCCGACAAGCCCAUCCCCGGCUUGCUGCAACAUGGUCAAGGGUCUGAAUGCCGAUGACAUUCAAUGCCUGUGUAACUACAAGAAUAACCAGCCGAGUUUGCUACGUGCUUUCGGGGUUGACCCUAACCGCUGCACCCAGCUUCCUGCUAUGUGCAACCUUUCUCCUAUCAACUGCUGA